GAUGCUAACUUGACGCACGUACUCAAUUACACAUCUCUAAUAAAUAGUAAAUAUUAAUUCUAAAAAAAUGAAAUCUGAAAAAUUAAAAAGAAAUUUUUGGCUCACUGCCGAAAUUGAAUGCAUGCUUAAUUUACUAAAUGAAGUGAGACUUACGCAAGGAUCGGCACACGCUACAACAACGCACAAUACUUUUACCCAAAUUGCUAGCAAAAUGAAAAGGCAUGGAUUUCCCAACAAAUCACCAACUCAAGUCCGCAGAAAAUGGUUUCAGAUGAAAUCUGCAUACCUUUGCUAUAAAAAAGGAAACGUGGAUCGUCUAUUUCUAAUACCGGAGAAAUUUCGAAGUGUAAUUGCACAAUUUGUAGAAAAUGGUAGUAAACGACGUAAUUCCACGACUACAGUACCGAAUCCUGAACCCAAGACCCAGCCACAAUUGGUAAAACCAAAGUCAGCUGUCAAUACAUUUUUGGCUCUACUAAAGCAGACUAACAAUUUAUUGAAUGUGGAAUUCAGCGCAUUGGAAGCGUCGCUUUUGAGUUAUGAGCAAAGGUGCCAAUCAAUGCGAGACUACAACAUAAUGAAAUAUAUGUCAUCCUGAGUAAAUCGUAUGUCGUGCCAAUAAAUUUAUCUAUAUAAUACAAUGGCAACACAAUAUUUUGUGGCUCCUUUUCUAACCAAUUGGAAUAAGAUAUACCAAUUGAAAGGCGGAAUAUAAUGGAAGUUUUCGACGUUUAUUAAAAUAAUUGGGUAGGCCGCAGCUGACAAAACGUGAGGGAUAAUAAGUUGUAUGUGAUCUGAUAAGGAAUGCCUUUGAACACAGCUGGACUCCAUCCGGACCGACGUGAUCGACAUGUGUAAGACCCUUGAGCUGCAUCUGCAUUCCAGCUACAUUCCAGCCCCUGACUAUAGCGAGCGUUACUCGAGACAUCUGCAAAUUUUUCGGCAGUCCAACUGGAUGUGAUGGGCAGCUCCGAUAUACUAGCAUAAGCAUAAAGGUCCAAUAAGAACUAUUGAUCAAAAAAAUCCUGUAUAUUUGCUUUAAAGUAUUAAAAUAUCCCACUCAUCUGA